CUGACAGUGAUCACACACACCAGAGAACCAAAACAAACCAGUGGAGUGUGCACUUCUGCAGGGAACUCUUGGAGGAAAUGGCUGGAACAGUAUUCACCAGAUCAUGCAUCGUUCUCUGCUUGCUUAUACAUACGGCGCUGUGUCAGGACUGCUUUCAGCCCUGUGACUGCCCGGCUGAGAGCCCUUUGUGUCCUGUCGGCACCAGUCUAGUGCUGGAUGGCUGUAGCUGCUGUAAAGUAUGUGCCCGACAGGCAGGAGAGCCCUGCUCUUUCCUCGAACCAUGUGACCAUCAUAAGGACCUGUAUUGUGACUAUGGUGUGCUGAGUGACACUGAGACAGGCAUCUGCAUGGCUCAAGAGGGUCAGACGUGUGACCUGGGCGGUGUGAUUUACCGCAGUGGUGAGACGUUUCAGCCCAGCUGCAAACAUCACUGUGUCUGCAUGAAUGGGGAGAUUGGCUGCGUGCCGACCUGUGCCAGCAACAUACGGCUGCCCUCUCCUGACUGUCCCUACCCAAGACGCGUCCAGAUCCCUGGAAAAUGCUGCGAGGAGUGGGUGUGCGACCAGAUCCCACAGGAAGACACCUUCCAGUCAGCAAUGGCUGGUAGGUCAAUCGCAUAUAGAGAACUAUCCGGUCAGGAUGUCCAGCCUGAGAGCGCAAGGGACAACUGCAUCGUUCAGACCACUGACUGGAGCGAAUGCUCUGCAACCUGUGGCAUGGGGGUGUCCUCUCGUGUAACCAACGACAAUGAGCAAUGCCAGCUGGAGCGGCAGACUCGCAUUUGCAUGAUCCGCCCCUGCAAUGCAGAGCUGGAAAAGGACAUCAAGAGAGGGAAGAAGUGUGUGCGGACCCCAAAGAGCCAGCGUGGGAUGCGUUUCGAACUGUCCGGAUGCCAGAGCGCCAGGCUGUAUAAGCCGAAGUUCUGCGGGGUGUGUACAGACGGCCGCUGCUGCACACCUCACGCCACCAUCACGGCCGAGGUGGAGUUCCGCUGUCCCGAGGGAGACUCCUUCAGGAAGAAGAUGAUGUUCAUUAAGACCUGCUCCUGUCACCACGAUUGCCCCCGUGAGAACGAUAUCUUCCUCGCCUCAAACUCACGGAGAAUGAUCGGGGACUAUGAUAAUGACAUGUGAGGAGCUGGCCGGUGUAACACACACACACUGACGAUCACGCAAAUGUGCAUAUGAGGCAGCUCCGUGUUUUACUGAACCCUGAAAUUCUCACGACUCGUAAGCAGACAAAAACGAGAAUGUUUGACAUGAAGUGGGCAUCGAUAAUGGCCCCGCAAACUUUUCUUCUCUUGUUUUGUAUUUUGUGAAGCUCUGAAGUCAUCUGGCUGUUUGACUGGUCCUGCUACAGCAGACCUAAAGCACUGAGAACUUUGUGUUAGAAAGAUAGUUCACUCAAAAAUGACAUUUCUGUCAUCAUUUACUCAACCUCAUGUUGUUUCAAACCUAUAAA